GGGCAAUAUUUGGGUUGUGGCGGGCGAUUGCGUUGUGAUGGCACGGGUUGAACAUAGRCUGCUCCCAAUCUCUGYUCGUUYKCCGGAUACGGUUCACCGAAAYGAUUUUUUUCUAAAAGAGAGAGAGGCUGCUUGUUGGCUUUCCAAUACUAUCGUUACUUUCCCAAACAGMGGUUCUGUUCUCGCACGGUGCAAGCAUAGCACGCACCAUGCCUCUAGGUUUCCAUGGUCUCGUCUUCCGAUUUUUCUUCCUCGUCGUCGUCGUCGUCGUCCUCGUCUUCCUGCGCGUUCUUCACCUCCAGCUUGUCCAGGUACGGCUGGAGGGCGUCCCCYUCUAACAGGACGUAUUUCUGGUCCUUUCCUACAUACGCAAUGCUUCCGUUCUCCUUCGUGAGCUCGUCGUCGCCGCUCACGCAUCCCACCAGUGCCUGGAGGGCGUGGACGAUGAGGUCGUCCAGGGAGGCCUCCGGGAAGGACUCGUAGUGCUUCUCGAGGUAGGUCCGGGCCGACUGGCUCCGGGCCCCCACCGCCGAGGCGUAGAAUUCGUACAUGUUUCCCGACGGGCAGGUCUGGUAGAGGUGGGGCGUCUGGAACUGCGGGUCCACGCCGGCCACCAGCAGGCCGACCCCAAAGGGCCGCCUGACGUACGUCUGGGUCGUCCGCUGGUGCUUGUCGGCCAGGUCGCCCAUGAUCACGGCGGGCGUGAUGGGGGCCCCGUAGACGUACUUGUGGUUGAGGCACUCGUUCCGCAUGUACUUGGCCAGGGACCGGGCGUCCGCCGUCAGCCCCGCGAUUCCCAUGCAGAUGUGGUCGUCGAUCUCGAGGAGCUUCUUCUGGUGGCUCGACAGCUCGCUCACCGACCGCUUGAGGGCCCCCAGGACGACGUGGGUGCCGCUCUUGACGCCCACGCAGGCCGAUCCCUGCUUGACGGAUUCCAUGGCGUAUUCGACCUAAGGAGGGGGGCAGUAGAAGAGCGUGCGAAACGCAACAGAGCAAAACAAAGCAUGGUGGGUGCGGCAUGAUGCUGCGGGUGAGCGACGCUGCGGUGCGGUGCAGUGCAGUGCGGUGCAGAAGCGACAGAGAGUGCUGCAUUCGCCGCGAAGCAACAAAGAUCAUCCAUGGCGUACCUGGAGCAAUCGUCCUUCCGGACUCCACACCGUGACAUCCGUAUCGUAUUGGUUGCGGAACAUUUUGUUACUUGUGAGUGUGUCUCUGGUUUCUCGGCGGCUUGGUGUUGUAUCCGGGCGGUGUCGUUGUUGUUUGUUGUUACAGUCCAGAUUUCUGUACGGUAACAGGAAGAAGUCAAACAAGCCGAAGCAGCGAACAAACAGUUGCAGUCACU